AUUGAAUACAGAAAACGUCUUGAAGUAAAGUAAUUUGCAGACAUUUUCCUCCGUGAAAAAAAAAAAAAUGAAUUUUUUGAGAACCUUGUUCGACGGCUCCCUUAUGGCGGAGAUUAAGGAUUUUAUGGGCAUAUCAAAAAGCGACACCUCGACAAUCGUAUUUUCCGACUAUUCAAUGGAGAAGCCGCCACAAAAAAAAAGACGUGUUACCGUCAUUCCAUUGCCGGAGCAAGCAUACAUGGAGCAGCCAUCGCAGCACCGUCGCCGUCGCCGUCGCUUUUCAUUGCCAAAUUUCGGUAAUGGCAAUGAGUUCAGUACUCGUCACGUCAAGAAUUGGACCAUGGCAAGCGCCGUGCGCUAUCAUACUCCUGGCCAAGUGCUUCGCCCGCCGGCUAAACGUGGGAACUUCAACGCCGGCCUACUUAAGUAUGAGAAAUCUACGAAAUUAACAAUGAGGCGCAACACCUUGUGAAUAAAAUCUGACAUUUGAUGGCAACGUCUAUUGUAAACUGUAAAAAAUGCAGAACAGAAAUAAAAUCGGGCGUAACCAUUAAAGA